ACGGGCGAGGGAGGGGAUAUAAUUCGCGAAUAUCUCUCGUUAUUAAAUACACAUGUCGAAGAAGCGGAGUUGACGUUAACCGGGCGUUCGGGCGAUUCGUCUCGCGCGAAUUGACAUUUGACAAGUUGCGCGCGCGCGUUAAAUCUCGUGUGUAUUUCGGCCUCCCCCUCCACCUCUUAUCUUGUCUCUCUCUCUCUCUCUCUCCCUCUCUCUCUUUCCCGACCUGGCCAAGACGUACCGUUACUCACGCGUCUCUCCUACUAUCCAUUGAUGCGUCCACCGUCGAGUGACUCGUGCGUGCUCCUCUACGUGAAUCUCGCAUCGCGCGCGUGCAAGGACGCGCGUCUCCGUCGUCGUCGUCAUCGUCAUCAUCAUCUCCGCGGAGUCAGAGGGACCGGGGACGAGGCCGCGUAUCCCGCAGGACCGUCGCGCUGGAAGGUUAGGAUUCGCGCAAAUGAAGGACAUUAGAUGAGGAAGUUUGCGAGACCGCUCGAAUUGCAGACUCGCCAGGAUGGUGGGUAGCAUGCCCAGCGGAUGGAUGAGGAGAGUCCUCCUCUUUCUCGUCCUGAUGACCGGAGUCCUGCUGAUCGCCAUGUACGCACAUGCUCCGCCGCUCGCAUCGCUCCAACCGUUCGCAACUCGUCGAAGAUUAGAGGACUUGCAACGCGGCUUGAUUAAUUACCUGGUGGGUAAUGAAACCACGAUCGGACCCGAGGAACGGCUUUACGAGUAUCUGGAAGAGCCUAGGACGUUUCAAAGCCCCUGGUCCUGGGCCUGUGUGGCAAAUCGAUGCGAGAGGCGAGCUGUAAGAUCCUCGAGGACGUCUUUGGCAACCUGCACUGCGCAUUGCGGAGGAAACACUCGCCUGUUGUGGCCCAGGCCGACUGAGAGUGUCGUUUUCGGCGAUGACAGUGUCAUUCUGCAUCUUCAGCAAAUUGAAUUCGUCACUGUUAAUACGAGUGACCAGGAAACGAAGGACCUGCUGGAGCAUGCAAAGGAUGUUUUCAUCGGAAACAUCAGAAGUCUGCUCAAAGUGUUGAACGCCAAAAGUCGAUCCGGCAUCGACUCAUUCAUCAUAUACCUGAGCGCCGGCAACGCGCGAGGCACCACUCUGUCUCUGGACACCGAUGAGUCGUACAAGCUGGAGCUCGUGUCAAAAGGGAAGAUCUUGGAGGCCAGGAUCACGGGAAAAAGUUAUUUCGGGGUGCGACAUGGCCUCGAGACCCUCAGCCAAUUGUUCUGGUGGGACGAGGCCGCUGGCAAGCAGGGUGCUCUUCGCGUUCUCACGCGAGCCUCCGUCGAGGACAAACCCGCGUUCCCUUAUCGCGGCCUCCUGGUCGACACCGGCAGACAAUUCUUCCCCGUCGAGGAGCUGAAGAGGGUGAUCGACGGCAUGGCGGCUACGAAGCUCAAUACUUUUCACUGGCAUCUUACCGAUUCGCAAAGCUUUCCCUUCGACUCGGCCCAAUUCCCGGAGAUGGCGAGAUGGGGCGCUUACAGCGGUGAUCACAUUUACACCCCCGACGACGUGAAGGAUCUGGCCGAUUACGCGAAGGUGCGCGGCGUCAGAAUCGUCGUCGAGAUCGAUUCCCCGGCUCAUGCCGGCGCAGGAUGGCAGUGGGGUGCGGAACAUGGUUUCGGCGAGUUGGCGUUAUGCGUGGACCAGCAGCCGUGGUCGUCAUAUUGUGGUGAGCCGAACUGCGGCCAGUUGAAUCCUAUAAACGAGCACUCGUAUCGGAUCCUCGAGGGUCUGUACCGGGAGCUAUUGGACCUCACAGAGAUUCGCGACGUAGUGCACCUCGGUGGCGACGAGGUGAAUCUCGAAUGUUGGGCGCAAUACGGCAAUAUCACUCUGGCGAUGCAGGCGCAAAACAUGACGGAUCAUCACGCUCUUUGGGCGGAAUUCGAGACGAAAAUGCUGCAGCGACUGAUCCGGGCGAAUCGCAAUAAGGUGCCGAAGGCGGUGAUCCUCUGGAGCUCGCCGUUGACCAAGAGGCCGUACAUCAUGAUGUACUUCGAUCCGAAGAUCCACGUCAUUCAAUCCUGGGGCGGCAGCAACUGGCCGGAAACGCCGGACCUACUGGAGGACGGCUUCCGCGUAAUCCUGUCGCACGUGGACGCUUGGUAUCUGGAUUGCGGCUUCGGCAGGUGGCGAGAGAGCGGCGAGGCCGCAUGCGGCGAAUAUCGUACCUGGCAAACGGUCUACAAUCACCGACCCUGGAGAGACUAUCCGCCCCAGCAACUGCCUCUGGUGCUCGGCGGGGAGGCAGCGAUUUGGAACGAGCAAACCGGACAAUCAUCCCUGGGACCUCGACUAUGGCCCAGGGCGUCAGCGUUCGCUGAACGAUUAUGGAGUGACUUGCCGACAAACAGUUACUCCACGGACGAGAACGUUUACACCAGAUUGGCGACGCACAUCGAAGUUCUGAAUAGCAGAGGCAUCAAGACGGAAUCCAUGUGGCCGUACUGGUGUUCCCAGAAUCCCGGCAAAUGUCUCUGACCUCUGAUCGUUAGAGAUUCGCGAACUAUCGAUCAGUCGUCCCACGAGUGCUGUACUUGUAGCGCUGAUAAUAAUCGUAUGAAAACGGGACAUGAUAAGAAACGGCGACCGCAAGCCUUGUCGAAAUCAAUUUCGUCCGACGCGCAUUUACAUCGCGUAUUCGUAAUUCACGGGAUUUCUCGAUAAGGUCGGCCGCACCGACUAACUUGACAAUCGUUCCUGCUCGAUAAAUCAUCCGAUGGUGAUUUUUAUCAUUCACGGCAAAUGCCGAAAAAAUGUUUGCCUAGCGUUCAACAAACAAUAUCGAUAUAGCGAAUAAUAAUGGUUCGAGAAACUAUCAUUUAUGCUCUCUCUACGUGUACAAUAUGUGCAGACACGCUGAAAUUGAGAUUAUGCAAGCAACAACAAAUAAGUUGCGAGUUUUAAUCAACAUGUAUUGACUUUUGAAAACGUGAUUUCAUAACAUAGGACUAUUGAACUUCUUUUGUAAAGUGCUUCAGCGAGCUUAGUUUUAUAAGCGUCUACUUAAGAAGUCGAAUCGUAGUCAAGAAAUAAGGUAAAAGUUGUUUGGAUGAAAUGCUUUCGCGAUUAUUGAUUAUUAUGGUCGAAGAUCGAAUUGUGCAAUGAAGAUAAAUAUUGCAGAUCUUUUAAUUUCUUUAUAUAAACAAUAUUUCGUUACUUUUUUUAAAUUUUAC